AUGAGUCCCAUACCCGAUAUGCGAUGGCAGGAGCAUGAAGUGGUACCCAAGCCCAGUGACCCGGAGGAACUCAUACUGGAAGCAUGGGCGCAGGGCUAUCUGGUUGGGUCGCUCAUCAUUAUGAGCUUCAUCACGCUGGCGAACAUGAGGCGAGGCGUGCUGUUGCACAAGUUGAUUCUACUUGAACUUAUCCUCGGUAUAUGGCAAGGAUUCUGGUUAUUCUUCCCUAGUCCAGUCCACGCGUGGUGGCUAUCCGUCGCUGCCAUCUUCCUAAAUGCUUCAUGGUCUCUGCAUAAUGUCAUUGCCUGGAUGAAGAUUAAACCCUUCCUCUCGAAACCCGUCAGCUAUAUAUUCAUCGGCACUGUAAUUCUUGCUCAACCAUACUGGAUCGUGGAGAUAUACGCCAACUUCGCCUACUUCCAUGGAGUCAACAAGAUAUUCCUGUCUACACGACCAUACGAGGCGCUAUGCCGUGAUCCUUGGUGGAUCUUCACCACCAUCUAUCUCUUCUGGGUCAUCAAGACCCAAUACGAACUGAGCCUCAAGGAAAUCAUCCGCAUCUCGCCGCGUUUCGGUAUCAUGCUGUUAUCCAUGUUGCUCAGCAUAAUCUUCAUCAUCCUAGACAUUCUUACCGUCACCAGAGCUAUUGGCCUUCCAGGAGCUACAGGCAUCAAUCCCUUCUGGAAGUUUGCAUUCGUCUUCAAGUGUCUGACAGACUCUGUGGUCCUCGAUGACUUCAAGGUGGCGCUCGACCGCUUGCGAGCUUUCAGGAUCAGUCGGCUGGGUAGCUUUUCGGGUGACAUGAGCGACAGUCGGAGUCGCCCCGACAACAACCUCGUUGCUACAUGGGAAGAGAUGGAGAGGGAAGCGAAUGCGCUCCAAAAUGUGCGCAGCCCGGACGGCGACUACAUACACCCCAGCAACUACCCAUACAAACCCAAGCGCGCGCGAAGACCUCACAAAGACUCGGUCAUGUUCCCCAAUCAAUCGGAUUACCGAGAUUCCAAUGCUGGAUUGGAGCCGGAGGAUAUCGUACCCAGUGCGUUGGGUGAUGGUCCGAUCAAUGCGGCGAAUGCACAACCCGUGCAAAAGAAACAACACCAGUUUAUCGAUGACAUGGUCAAUCACAACAGGAGAGAUCUGGUUGCUGAGAACGACUAUGCUGAGGCGAUGAGGGACAUGCAGCGAGAUAGUGUCUCUACACCUCGUCGAAUAAGCGAAUCUCCCCGUCGACUCGCACCGCCGGGCUGA